CCCUCGAGCGAAGACUUACUUUCACUCUCUCUUCAGGCUACUAUCCGCUCGCGCUCAGCUCUGCUACCAAUCCGUCGCGUCGUUUGUCGCGAGCUUCACUGCAACGUCUGUCCGUAACCUUUGCAACAGUCGCAGAUCGCGCCGAUCGUUCGCGUGCUUCGAUAUUCGGAAAGUUGAACGUUGCAGUUGCACGUGGACUUGCGCGCGCGCGCGCGCGUAUACGCACGUGCGAAUCAAAUUUAUUGGUGAUUGGUCAGUGAGCGUGGUGACAGUGAGAGCGGGAUGAGAACAAGUGGAACAGUAUCGUAAACCUCCGGGACAAUAUGUGGACUCUUAUUAAUCGUUUUCUCAGUGUAGUGUGGUGAAUAAACGGAUGUUAAAUCAGUCGGAGAGGAGAGCGUUAACGACGGAGACUCUCCUGAACAAAUCAUGAUCCUUAUUCCGGACAGUAGCGCGCAGGACACGCUGGCUACGUCACCCACAACCGAAUUGCUGAUCCCCAGCGUAUCCUCGCACGAUUCCCGCGCGUCCAACGUGUCGCGCGUACCCAGUCAGGGCAUGUCUAGUCCGUAUCAUGUAAUGCAGUUAGCGGAUCAUCAUCGUCUUAGUCCCAGUAUGCCAACGAUGGAUUCGACCGUCUCAUCCGCUAAACCCGAGCCUGAGCUCAACAUAGAAUUCGACGGGACCACUGUGUUGUGUCGGGUCUGUGGUGACAAGGCUUCCGGUUUUCAUUAUGGAGUUCAUUCCUGCGAGGGAUGUAAGGGCUUCUUUCGUCGGAGCAUCCAGCAAAAGAUUCAAUAUCGUCCGUGCACCAAGAAUCAACAGUGCAGCAUCCUCCGAAUCAACAGGAAUCGCUGUCAGUAUUGCCGUCUCAAAAAGUGCAUCGCCGUCGGCAUGAGUCGCGAUGCGGUACGAUUCGGCCGCGUGCCCAAGCGUGAGAAAGCCAGGAUUCUGGCUGCUAUGCAGCAGAGCUCCCACAGCCGUUCUCAGGAAAAGGCGGUAGCGGCCGAGCUGGAGGACGAGCAGCGUCUGCUACAAACCGUUGUGCGAGCCCACAUCGAUACAUGCGACUUCACCAGGGACAAAGUGGCCCCGAUCCUCGCCAGAGCCCGCGAGACCCCCAACUACACCGCGUGUCCACCAACCUUGGCAUGCCCCUUGAAUCCUAAUCCGCAACCGUUGACCGGACAGCAAGAAUUACUUCAAGACUUCUCCAAAAGGUUCUCGCCGGCCAUACGCGGUGUCGUGGAGUUCGCGAAACGCAUACCUGGGUUCAACCUACUGGCACAGGACGACCAGGUCACUCUAUUGAAAGCCGGUGUUUUCGAGGUACUGCUCGUGCGAUUGGCCUGCAUGUUCGAUGCUCAAACGAACAGUAUGAUUUGCUUAAACGGCCAAGUGCUCAAACGAGAGUCCAUCCAUAAUAGCAGUAACGCGCGAUUCCUAAUGGACUCGAUGUUCGAUUUCGCCGAGAGAGUCAACGCCUUGCGAUUGUCCGACGCUGAGUUGGGAUUGUUCUGCUCGGUAGUGGUGAUCGCCGCCGACAGACCUGGGCUACGCAAUACCGAACUGGUUGAGCGUAUGCACAAUAAACUCCGAAACGCUCUGCAGACGGUACUAGCACAGAACCAUCCCCAGCAUCCCGACAUUCUCCGCGAACUUUUAAAGAAAAUACCCGACCUAAAAACUCUGAAUACCCUCCACUCUGAAAAACUGCUGGCUUUCAAAAUGACCGAACAGCAACAGCAGUUGCAGGCCCAGCAGCAGCAUCAACAGCAGCAACAAACGCAACACAUCACACCGCAACAACAGCCGCAUUGGCCAAUGGAAGAGGAGCCCCCGGCUUCUUGGGGUUCCGCUUCGGACGUAACUUUAGACGAAGCGGUGAAGAGCCCUCUGGGUAGCGUGUCGAGCACCGAGAGCACUUGUAGCGGCGAAGUUGCCUCUUUGACGGAAUACCACCACGUAACCCCGGCCAGUGGUCAUCAUGCAUCGAGUGCGCCCCUUCUGGCUGCUACCCUAGCUGGUGGACUGUGUCCACAUAGACGCCGUGCGAACUCUGGCAGUACCAGUUCCGGCGAUGACGAACUCCAUCGUGCUACUAUGUCGAAGACUCCACAGCCACCGCAAUGUCGCAGUUUUCGCAAGUUGGAUUCACCAAGCGACAGCGGAAUCGAAUCCGGCACCGAGAAACCCGACAAACCGGCCAGCAGCAGUGCCAGCAGCGCUCCCACUUCUGUGUGCUCGAGUCCACGCUCGGAGGACAAGGAAGUCGAGGACAUGCCGGUGCUGAAGCGCGUACUUCAGGCACCUCCCCUGUACGAUACCAACUCGCUGAUGGACGAGGCUUACAAGCCCCACAAGAAGUUCCGCGCUUUGCGCCAGAAGGAUAGCGCCGAAGCCGAGCCGGCCGUGGUCGUUCAGCACACGCAGUCUCAGUUACAUCUGCAUCUAACUUCGCCACCAGCGCGCAGUCCACCCACUCAAACGACGCAAUCUCAGUGCCCGCAAACCGCGAGUUUGCUGAGCAGCACGCAUUCCACCCUCGCGAGAAGCCUGAUGGAGGGCCCGCGGAUGACGGCGGAACAACUGAAGCGUACGGACAUCAUACACAACUAUAUAAUGCGUGGCGAAGCCAGUCCUAGGUCGCCGACGGUAUCGCCAUCGCCCGCGGAGCAGUGCGCAUCGACGACCACCGUGACCACACGCUCGACGCAAGGAUCUCAGGGUCUCCUGCAAUGCGCCACCACGAGUUAUUCGAACAGAUGGCCGGCCACCUCGGUGAUUACAACGACGACAGGUGCGCGACAACAGCAGCAACAGCAACAGCAGCAGCAGCAGCAGCAACAGCAACAGUCUUCCUCAGACUAUCUCGCUGUUGCCAACUCUCCGGCUUCGUCACCGCGUUACCUCUCCGCGGCGGCAACUAGUAGUACGAGCACGAGUCCGAGGCCGACCUCGAGUACAGCGGCUACGUUGGUGUUAGCGGGCUGUCCGAGCAACAUGAUGGAGCUGCAGGUCGAUAUCGCGGAUAGUCAGCAACCAUUGAACCUAUCCAAGAAGUCGCCAUCCCCAUCACCGUCACCCAGACCGCUCGUUGGACCUUGCAAGGCUCUCUCUCUCGAGGCGUAGUGUUCUCGCGAGCUCGAGUGAUUUCCCGUAACAAGCACUGACGUGCGCGCGAACGAGACCGGGAUGUUUAACCCGUUAAUCAUCAACCGGCGAAAACUCGUCGUCGUGACGCGGUACAACCUUUCGCGGCCCUUAACUAGAAAUGAAAGUGCCAGGACGCUCUGAGCGCGUAAAAAACCAAAUAAUUUAUUAAUUUAAACUACUUAUCGCUAAAAUCGCGCGAGAAAAGAGGUGGAGGUUACGGAGGAAUGGACAGGGUACAUCUCCGUGUAUAAUCACGAGGAAGACAGACAUUCAGUGGCGAGUUGUUUUCUCCGAGUGCGCGAAAUGACGAUGGACGGACACUUGCACGAAAGUGCCGAUUCAAUGAAAGCAACAGAGUGUCGUGUAGGAGAGCCACCUAUCCACCUAAAACUACCUAUCUACCUGUCUACCUACCUAAAAACCUAUCUGCUCUAGGUGUACAUCUAGAAGAUAGAGCAUCUGCGACGGAAAAAAAAGAAAGGUUGAGUGUUACAGAAAUUAAUAAUCUAUCUACAUGUGAUAAUCAUGGAAAUCGCGCAUCCUGUACAGUCUCCACCUCAUUCAUUGAUCAUCUACUCUACUAUAAUUAUUAAAUAUUAUGAAACUAAUUAAUAUUAUUGUAAUAUGUGUAAGGUAUCAUAACCGUAAAAAAUUAUCAUUUCGUGUACGUGUAGAAAAAAGACGCGUAUGAUACUCUUGUGCGUUGAUGAGAGGCAGGCAUAGAAUGAAUGGGGAAAAAAAAAGAGAGAAUGAAUGACGGAUGAGCGUGCUUGUGCAAAUGAGUCGGGGCAAAUCGAAAAGCUUCUUGAUCGCGGUGGCAACCGAGAAGAUCGCGUACGCGAUUUUAAAGAAUUAAGCGUUUUGUUAUGAGACUGAUCGGCCCGCCGCGGCCACCAGUUUGCAAUUACCGUACCUUUAUAUUACAUGUCGUGUCUCUUCGUCGGGAAGACGACGCGAGAAGUAAUUAUAUCCUCUAAUCGCGUCGUAUAGCGAGAUAGGUAUCGUAGGCCCGCUUAAACGCGUUAUACAAUAUUAUGUGUCGUGUGUGCAUGCAUGAAAGUCAGAUUAGAUAGAUCGAGACGGGAUUGCGAAAGAGAGAGCGAGAAAAAGAAAGAGAGUGGAGAGGAGAUAGAGAAAGAUAGAAAGGGAAAGAAGAAGAAAGAGAGAAGCCGCGAAGCGCUCGAGCGAAGCGGAGUUCCGAUUAGAACGGCGAAACGCAAUGUAAAUAGUAGAUUCGUAAGGCUAUGUCCUGGUAGGCGCGAGUGAACCUCUUCUGCUUCUGAAAAAAAAUCGUGAUGAAAAGUUAGAAAAUACGCGGCGGGCCACCGCCGACGUGUUGUUGAGACGCCCGCCCCGCCCCCUCCCUUUUAACCACCCUGCAUAUCCCAGUUCCAACAUGAACAUCGCAUCGAAUAUGCAUUACAUUCACAAUACGCUGAGUUGCGAGCGAGAUAAAACCGAUCUUGAAAACAGUUGUAGAAACACUUAUGCCUCCUUUUGAGACGGACUAGAUCCUCCUCUUGGUUCGACCUACAAGUCCGCCUUGAGUUUCGUAUUGGCUCGGUCCUCAGAUUAACGAUUUAAAUAGAGUCGCAAUGAAGUUCGGUCAGAUUAAAGGGAAGCUAGUACUCGUCAAGAAUGGGGCAUUAAAAGCACAUUCAAUCUUCCGGCUAGAAUAUAGCCUAGCCAGAGUGUCCCCUAAACACCCACUCCCUUUCCCCCCAGCUUAGAGGCCUCUGUAUUUAUUGUACCUAAAGAGAGAAUGCAUUUUCCUUCGCCGUGUCGCGUGUACCACAUCCACCCGUUUGUCCAAGCGAAUCCUCGUAGAAUCCUUCUGACUGUCCUUACAAGAACACGCAUAUACACACAAGAUGGACACAUUUACACACGACAGCGACAUAUGUGCACAUUGAGCGAACACUUAUUCUUGUCCUCCCCCUUCCCCCCGCAGACAACCUAGCGUUGAUAUUCGUAAUACUUGUUAUGCAUAAACUACACAUAAUUAUUAUAAUAAACGAUACAUAAAGUAUGAUAUAUUUCCCUAUCCUAUAAGAAGAAGAAUACAAACACAGCUGUUGUUUCUGGUGGAAAAACGAAAAAUAUGAAUAAAAUGUACUCUAUACAAGCAAGAAAUGCAGCCCCGCAUAUUGCCCAGUGAGCACGUCAUUUUGUACGCUUGGGAGUUGUGAGGUCGUCUGAAUAAACAUUGUCUGGUGAAUUAUACAUAAAAUAAA